CGGCUGGCAGUCACGCCAGGGCUGAGGGGGUCGAGACUGAGGAGGUUGCGCAAAGGGACUGCCGGCCCCGCCCUCAGUCCCUACCCUUUGAAGGACUGCGCUUGCCUUCCGAAGGGAGUUUGCCGCCGCCGCGGCCGCCACCAGACUCCAGUUUCCCUGCUGACCACGAGGAGUCUGGGGAGGAAAAGCGGACCCUAGACGCCAACCUCCCACACCUCCCACGCCUCUUUCAGCUCGAGAUUGCCCCCACAGUAAUGGGUGUCCAGACCUGGCUGCCCUUGCCCGCGCUCCUCCUGACCGCUCUGGCUCCGAGGCUGCUGCCUGGGGCGGUCGGCUUCACGCCCUCCUUAGACAGCGACUUUACCUUUACCCUCCCGGCGGGCCAGAAGGAAUGUUUCUAUCAGCCCAUGCCCCUGAAGGCCUCGCUGGAGAUCGAGUACCAACCAGUACGCGCUCUGAUACGGAGAAUUUCACAAUAUAACACUGAUACACGUUCUUCUUCGUCAUUGGACGAGGUUUUAGAUGGAGCAGGAUUAGAUAUUGAUUUCCAUCUUGUCUCUCCAGAAGGCAAAACCUUAGUUUUUGAACAAAGAAAAUCAGAUGGAGUUCACACUGUAGAGACUGAAGUUGGUGACUACAUGUUCUGUUUUGACAAUACAUUCAGCACCAUUUCUGAGAAGGUGAUUUUCUUUGAAUUAAUCCUGGAUAAUAUGGGAGAACAGGCACAAGAACAAGAAGAUUGGAAGAAAUAUAUUACCGGCACAGAUAUGUUGGAUAUGAAACUGGAAGACAUACUGGAAUCCAUCGACAGCAUCAAGUCCAGACUAAGCAAAAGUGGUCAUAUACAAACUCUGCUUAGAGCAUUCGAAGCUCGUGAUCGAAACAUACAAGAAAGCAACUUUGAUAGAGUCAACUUCUGGUCUAUGGUUAAUUUAGUGGUCAUGGUGGUAGUGUCAGCCAUUCAAGUGUAUAUGCUGAAGAGUCUGUUUGAAGACAAAAGGAAAAGUAGAACUUAAAACUGCAAAACUAGAGUAUUUAACAUUGAAAAAAAGAGGUACAACAAGGCAAUAAACUGUUAACAUUCUUUUCCAAAUUGUUUUGGAAUCAUAAUAUAUGAUUUUGGCAUCAUAAAUAAUUUUAAUGUGAAAGGAAAACUCUUCACUUUGUGUACCAAUAAUCUUAUUGGUCCAGGUGUACUUAAGUGUGCAAAUGGAAUAUUUUGCAGGAAUAGAUUUAAUUGAAAGAAGCCAUAAUAACUACAUUUUCCUAAAUUUGAAAAAUUUUACAAAUGUCAUAGAUGAUUUAAAUAAAUGAACAGUGGGCCUAAGUGCAACACCAGUCUGUGUCUAAAGGGUGUCUUAUCUAAAACUUUCUUUGUAACUGGCAAUUAAAAAUUGUUGAAGUUUUCAAUAUAUUAAGUUAUAAAUUAUCUGAGAAUUAUGGAUUGAAUAUAUCUUUAGAAGACAAAGGCUCAACUUUUCUCUAUUUACAUAUUCAUUUCUCUUGUAAAUAGAUGCAUAGCUUUGAAAUACAAUUAGAUUUUUGAGAUUUUUAUAUCUAAACAUAUUUCGUAUUUGUAUAACAUAGCAAAAAGUAUUAGUUUUAUAUACUUAGGCUACAUUCUCAAAAGCUGACAUUUUGAUAGUUCUUAAAAAUGCAGUUAUACUUUCCUGAUUAAAACUAGGUCACAUUUUUCUCCCUGAAGUGAAGAAAUAGAUAAAGCCUGCUUUGUUUCCAUAAGGAUCCCAUUCUGUCUAACCUUUAGCUAAGGUAUAGGAUUUUAAAAUUAAAUACGAGGUAAAAUAAGUUUAUCUUUAUAUUAUUUGUCAACAGUGUUAUGUUAAUUUUAACAUGAUUACUGACUAGACUAAUACAUUAUUAUCACCAGUUUUGAGGUUAAUGUUGCUAAAAGAUCUGCGCCAAAUAUAAAUAAAUAUCUCCUUUUCUGAGUUUUUUUUUUUUUUUUUUUUUGUAGAGACAAGAGUCUCACUUUAUGGCCCUCGGUAGAGUGCCAUGGUAUCACACAGCUCACAACAACCUCCAACUCCUGGGCUUAAGCGAUUCUCUUGCCUCAGCCUCCCGAGUAGCUGGAACUACAGGUGCCCACCACAACGCCCAGCUAUUUUUUGGUUGCAGUUCAGCCGGGGCCGGGUUUGAACCCACCACCCUCGGUAUAUGGGGUGGCGCCCUACCAACUGAGCCACAGGCACCGCCCCUCCUUUUCUGAGUUUUAAAAAUGAUCAGAAACAAUACAAAAGAAUUUAGGUAAACUUGAGAAUACCUGACCCUAAAUAAAGUUCACUUACAUAGAAACAUAAAUACCUGGAAUCCAAUUGGCUCAUCAUGACAUCUUAAUCUUAAUAUAAAUCACGAAUUAAUUUCCAAUUAAAUAGAAGAAACUAUAUUUGGCUGUCAGUUUUAUUUUCUUCAAGUAUUACGUUUUGAAUUACCUUUUAUAUUAUAAGCAUUCAGAUAUGUUCUGUGAAAUGUUAGCUCUACUGUAAGGUUUAGCACUGGGUGUACAUAUUUAAUACAAUUUUUAUAACUUUUAUAAAAUGGCCUUUCUCAUCACUAUUUAUUGACAUUGAAGUAAGGAUUUGUAACACCCAAAUAUGAAUAACCCAUAUAUACAUAAAAAGUCUCUUCCAUCCUAGCUUAUAUCUAUGGAGUCUCACUUGAGUCCUAGUAAUUUAAUUUCAUUAUGAAACAGAAUUUUUAAGUAAUUCUCUGCACUGUACAUCAUUUGUAAUAGUGUUUAUAACAGAAACAAUCAACUUAAAAAUUUGAGUAUAGACCUCCCAUAUAGGUUAAUACUGCUGGAAUUCUUGAUAAGCAAUAAUGAUAUCCAGAAAGAGAAUGAUUUCACUUACAAUUUACACUCAGAGUAGUACCUGGCUUUCUCUACUCACAGGUGUUUUAAAAAAAUGUGUAGUCCAGUUGCAGUAGCUCACACCUGUAAUCCUAGCACUCUGGGAGGCCGAGGUGGGAAGAUCCCUUGAGUUCAGGUGUUUAAGACCAGCCUGAGCAAGAGCUAUGGUACCAUAACUAAUAAAGCAGGAUAGAAUAUAAACUACUGAAUCUUCUCCAUAAAACUGUGAUUAAGAAUUCUACCUCUUAUGUACGACUGUUAAUGUACUAUACUCUAAUUCCUUACCUAACACUGAAUUUUUUUACAUCAGAUUCUAUAUAUAUGAUUUGUGCCACUGAUUUUAAACUCUUUUAACUUCUUACUGUAUAAAAAUAAUAUUGGCUUUAUUGGGGAAAAAAAUGAUUUAGGAAUAUUAAGGAUAAUUCUACUUUUAUGGACACAAAGUAAAAAGAUAUUUAAGAAACAUGUUACCUGUAUUAACUAAAAUAAGUAAAAUUUGUAAACAAAAAGAAUCUUUAACAUUUCUAAAGGCAUAUUUAUUUGUUUCAUAUGGUUUCUUUGAUGUUGCUAUUUCAUUUCUAAAUUUAAAAUAUGCUAAAAUUCAGUAAGCUAGCUAUUUACUACUUUCCAGCUGAUUUUGUCUUUAAUUUUUAUAAAUUAUGUAGAAUUUUAAAUAAUGUAAUAUUUAACUAAGGCCUAGAGUGCUCCAAUUUGCAUUUGGAUGAUUAAUGACCUGCUAUUCUUUCAUGUAAAUAUCAAUAUAUGGAAGACAAAUAAAUGUUUGAAAAAUAGUACUGAAAUAAAUUACAAACUGAAAUGUAA